AUGGUUAACAAAAGAAAAGCUUCUCAAAUCACUCGAGAGGGAAUGGUUACUGAUGAAGCCUUUCAACCAUUAUUACAAGAAACUUAUAAAGGUAAAAAACUUACCGAUCAAAUCAAUACUGCUGAAGAUAAAUGGAAUUUAUUGCCUGCGUUUUUGAAAGUUAAAGGUUUGGUUAAGCAGCAUCUCGACUCAUUUAAUUAUUUCGUGGAUACAGAUUUGAAGAAAAUCAUCAAAGCCAAUGAAUUGGUAUUAUCAGAUGUCGAUCCAGAAUUUUACUUGAAAUAUUUAGAUAUUAGAGUAGGUCAUAAAUCAUCAAAUGUUCAAAGUAAUAAGCCAGUUCCUAAAGAAGUUAAUUUGGUUCCUCAUCAUUGUAGAUUAAGAGAUUUAACUUACUCAGCUCCCAUUUAUGUUGAUGUAGAAUAUACCAGAGGUCGUAAAAUCAUUGUUCAUAGAGAUUUAGAGAUUGGUAGAAUGCCAAUCAUGUUAAGAUCUAACAAAUGUUUAUUGGAUGGGAUUGAUGAUAAACAAAUGGCAAGUUAUGAUGAAUGUCCUUUAGAUCCCGGUGGAUAUUUUAUUGUCAAUGGUACUGAAAAGGUUAUCUUAGUCCAAGAACAAUUAUCAAAAAAUAGAAUUAUUGUGGAAGCUGACGAGAAGAAAAAUAUCGUUCAAGCUUCAGUUACUUCAUCAACUCAUGAACGUAAAUCCAAAACUUAUGUUAUCACCAAGAAUGAAAAGAUUUAUUUGAAACAUAAUUCUAUUAGUGAAGAUAUUCCUAUUGUUAUCAUCUUGAAAGCUGCUGGUAUUAUUUCUGAUUUAGAAAUCUUACAAUUAGUCUGUGGAGAUGAUUCAAAUUAUCAAGAUUUAUUUGCUAUCAAUUUCGAAGAAGCUGCUAAAUUAGAAAUUUUCACUCAACAACAAGCUUUACAUUAUGUUGGUAAAAGAGUUAAAACUAUAAGAAGAGCUGGAGCUCCUAAAUUGUCUCAAUUACAAGAAGGUAUAGAAGCUAUUGCUACCACUAUAAUUGCUCAUAUUACAGUAGCUGACCUUCAAUUCAGAGAAAAAGCUUUAUACAUAGCCAUGAUGACCAGAAGAGUUUUAAUGACUAUGCACAAUCCAAAAAUGGUUGAUGAUAGAGAUUACGUUGGUAAUAAAAGAUUGGAAUUGGCAGGUCAAUUAAUGUCUUUGCUUUUUGAAGAUUUGUUUAAGAAGUUUAAUUCCGAUUUCAAAGCUAAUAUCGAUAAGAUUUUAAAGAAGCCUAGUAGAGUUUCUGAAUUCGAUGCUUUAUUGUCUAUAAACAUUCAUUCUAAUAACAUUACCAUGGGUAUGAACAGGGCUAUCUCAACGGGUAAUUGGUCUUUGAAACGUUUCAAGAUGGAAAGAGCUGGUGUUACUCAUGUUUUAUCCAGAUUAUCUUAUAUAUCAGCAUUAGGUAUGAUGACCAGAAUUUCAUCUCAAUUCGAAAAAUCAAGAAAGGUGUCCGGUCCUAGAGCCUUACAACCUUCACAAUUUGGUAUGCUUUGUACUUCGGAUACCCCUGAAGGGGAAGCUUGUGGUUUAGUCAAGAAUUUAGCUUUAAUGACCCAUAUCACUACCGAUGAUGAAGAAGAUCCUAUCAGAAAAUUAUGUUUCGUAUUGGGUUGUGAAGAUAUUUUGGAAGUCGACUCAGCAACUUUACAUUCAAAAGGAAAUUUCGGUAUUUAUCUUAAUGGUACUUUGAUUGGUACCACCAGAUUCCCAGCUAAAUUUGUCAGUGAUUUCCGUAACUUAAGAAGAACAGGUAAAGUUUCAGCUUUCAUUUCAAUUUAUACCAAUACCCAUCAAGCUGCUGUUCAUAUUGCCACUGAUGGAGGUAGAAUUUGUAGACCUUUGAUCAUAGUUGACAAAGACAAUAAAUCAAAGGUAAAAGCUAAACAUUUAGCCAAAUUAAUGCAAGGUAAUUGGGCUUUUGAUGACUUCUUACAACAUGGAUUAGUUGAAUAUUUGGAUGUUAAUGAAGAGAAUGAUUCCUUGAUCGCUAUUUAUGAAAAGGAUCUAAUUGAUCCUUCAAAGACUAAUAUUACCCAUUUGGAGAUUGAACCUUUCACAGUUUUAGGAGCUGUUGCAGGUUUGAUUCCAUACCCACACCAUAACCAAUCACCAAGAAAUACUUAUCAAUGUGCGAUGGGUAAGCAAGCAAUUGGUGCAAUUGCUUAUAAUCAAUUCAGAAGAAUUGAUACUUUAUUAUAUUUGAUGGUUUAUCCUCAACAGCCAAUGGUCAAAACCAAAACUAUCGAACUUAUUGAUUAUGAUAAAUUGCCUGCUGGUCAAAAUGCCACUGUGGCCGUCAUGUCAUAUUCAGGAUAUGAUAUUGAAGAUGCUUUGGUUUUAAACAAAGCUUCCAUCGACAGAGGUUUCGGUAGAUGUCAAGUUUUAAGAAAGAAUACUGUGACCUUGAAAAGAUAUCCAAACCACUCCAAAGAUGUUUUGAGUGGUAUAAGAGUUGAUGACAACGAUCACCCUAUUCCACCUCAUGCAUCAUUAGGUAUUGAUGGAUUAGGUGAAGUUGGUACUAAACUUGUCAAUGGUCAAGUUUAUGUUAACAAAAGUGUACCUGUAAAUGCUGGAGAAUCAGUUUUAAACAAAACUGAACCAAAUCAAUCAACAGAAUCAAUGAGAGAAACCCCCGCCUAUUAUAAAGGAGCAGAACCCGCAUAUGUUGAUCAAGUUAUGAUGUCAGUUAGUGAUAAUGAUCAAGCUCUAAUCAAAGUAUUAUUAAGACAAACAAGAAGACCAGAAUUAGGGGAUAAAUUCUCUUCUAGACAUGGACAAAAAGGGGUUUGUGGUAUCAUUGUUCAACAAGAAGAUUUACCUUUCAAUGAUGAUGGUAUUUCUCCAGAUAUUAUCAUGAAUCCACAUGGGUUCCCAUCCAGAAUGACGGUUGGUAAGAUGAUUGAGUUAAUUAGUGGUAAAGCAGGUGUUUUGAAUGGAUCUCUUGAAUACGGUACUUGUUUCGGAGGUUCUGAUUUAGAAGAAAUGAGUGAAGUCUUAGUUAAAAAUGGGUUCAACUAUAGUGGAAAAGACAUGUUAUACUCUGGUAUUACAGGUGAAUGUUUACAAGCUUAUAUUUUCUUUGGACCAAUUUAUUAUCAAAAAUUGAAACAUAUGGUUUUAGAUAAAAUGCAUGCAAGAGCUAGAGGUCCAAGAGCAGUAUUAACUCGUCAACCAACUGAAGGUAGAUCAAGAGAUGGUGGUUUAAGAUUGGGAGAAAUGGAAAGAGAUUGUGUUAUCGCUUAUGGUGCUUCACAAUUAUUAUUAGAAAGAUUAAUGAUUAGUUCUGAUGCUUUUGAAGUCGAUAUUUGUAACAAAUGUGGAUUAAUGGGAUAUAAUACUUGGUGUACCACUUGUAAUAGUUCUGAAAAUGUCAUUAAAAUGACUAUUCCAUAUGCAGCCAAAUUAUUAUUCCAAGAAUUGAUAUCUAUGAAUAUUGCACCAAGAUUGAAGUUAGGAGAUGUUUUCUAA